UACAUAUAACAUUAGGAGCAUAGUAGAGAAGCAAGGUGCUGAGUACCAAGAGAUAGCUAAAAUGGGACUUGGGACUCUGCCACUGACCCCUUCUUACAGCGGUUUCUCUUCAAACUCAGGACUUAUACAUGACACCACCAAUCACAGAAGGGUCAAUAGAAGCAUGAAAUUCAGAGUUUCAGCAAAACAAGAGAAGCAAGAAGAGAAGAAAAAGCAAUCUUUGUUCAGCAGUGUGACUGAAGCUCUUGAUUUUUCUCAAGUGAGAUCCGCUGAGGAUGCUCAGCUUAUAGAAGAGGCUAGAGAAGCCACAAAAUCAGGAGAAAGAAUGAGUAGGGAACAGUAUGGAGCUCUUAGAAGGAAAAUUGGUGGUACAUACAAGGAUUUUUUCAAAUCUUACGUUGAAGUGGACGGGGCAUAUGUUGAAGAGGGCUGGGUUGACAAAACAUGCAAGGUGUGCAAGAAGGACACUAAGGGAGAGGCAAGGCAAGUGGACAAGUUUGGAAGAUAUGUUCAUGUAGCAUGUCUAGAGAAGGCCAACACAGGGAACUUCUUUACAAGACUGUUUUCUAGAUAAAGAGCAGCAUUCCAGAGUCAUGGCAUGAAAUGGUGGGGGGAAAACUCAUUUUCUCAUAUAGUCUUUAUACCCAAUGAUUCUAUUUAGUCAUCCAAUUAUCACAUUAGAUAUUCAGCUUGUGUGUAUUCUUGUAUACAAGAGUGAGAAUUAAUUGUAGUUUCCACGUUGGUUAAAUGAACUAUAGCAAUUUCAACCAUACAAUCAUUUAUCUAUCUCAAGCCUUUAUCAUCGUAGCAAAACAAAGAGUAUUAUUGCCUCAUGGAAAGUGUAUUUUAUUCAAACAGCCACACGCAUGUGUUAGUGAGUGGCUUUUAACA